UUCUCUUCGCCUCUUCAUUUUCUGAUUUUAUUAUAUUUUCAAUGGCGGAACAUUCCGCUGCAACAGAAGAAGCUGAAGGAGGAGGAGGAGGAACAUUCACAUUCCAGAAGGUUCCUUCCCCAUCGAACAACAACAACGACGUCGUUUACAUCAACGGCCAGCGCGUACUCGUCGCUCAGCCCCUCACCGUCGUCCGCGCCCUCACCAGCACCGGCGGCGCCCGCGUCCACGCCACGCCGCCGCUGAAGGUGAAGGAUGAGCCGCUCGAAGAAGAAGCGGUUCCCGAGGCGGCGCGAAAACGGUCGAUGCUCUCGUUUGACGAUUUUCUCAAGGCCACGAACACGAAAGUCGCGUCCGUCGAGGACUCGCUGAAAUCAAUGGAAGGAGAAUCGCCGAUUCAAACGGCGCAAGAAGUUGCUGAUGAGGGAGUCGUUGAUAUGGACACCGUUUGUGAGGCGGUGAAGGAAGAACCGGUUGGGGAACCGUCGAUUCAGGCGAUGGAAGGAGUCAUCGAUGUGGACACCGUUAAGGAAGAAUCGGUUGUGGAACCAUCGAUUCGAGCGAUGGAAGGAGUUAUUGAUGUGGAGAAGGUUUGUGUGAAGAAGGAAGCGGUUAAGGAUGAGGUUAAGGUGGUGAAGGUGGUGAAGAAGGAGGUGGUGGAGGAGAGGAGGAUCCCGAAUCUGGAGGAUGGCGAGUUUCCUGAUGAACCAGGGUGGUCGUUGCUGGGAAGGAAGGUUGAGGUGGCCAUUUCAACUGCAAGAGGAGUGAAGAGAUUGGUGGACAAUGAGAUUGUUCAUUUCAAUUUCCCUCUCCCAAAUUACUCUUAUAAAUCCCAAUGGAUCGUUCGCAUCUCUACUAUUCGUUCUGGAGAGGUUGGGAGGCUCCCAAUGGAAUGGGCUAAAGCUAUCAUUCCACUUGUGCAAUCAGGAAAUGUGAAGGUUCGAGGCCGAUGCAUUGCUGCGCCAUAUAGCCUGCAAAUGAUGCAAGAAAUCAUGUUGUUAGUGAGCUUCUAUGUUCACAGCUCUGUUUUCACAGAGUGUGUUGAUACUUCUUGGAGGCUAGAGGCUUGUGGUAAUAUAAACACUGCUACUUAUCCACUCCUUACACUGCUCAACAUGCUAGAGAUUAAGCCACAUCGGAAGGCUGAUUUCACCCCUGAUGAUAUAGAUACUCGAAAGCGGUUACUUUAUCGGAAGCUUGAUUCAGAUGAAGCUGCAGCUUUGCCUUUGGUAAAGCGUAGAAAGGGUGGCGAGCCAGCUCCUGAGCAGAAUGAAGAUGAACAGGCUAUUUCUGAGUCAGCAUUGAAUAAGAUUAUUGGAGCUGCAGAAAUAUUUGACCUGGAGGAGAAAGCGGCACCACGCACCCUGACUUGUGAGCUGAAGCCUUACCAAAGUCAAGCUCUCUAUUGGAUGUCAGAAAUUGAGAAAGGAAUUGACAUUUCAAAUGCUGAGAGUAAUCUACAUCCUUGCUGGUCAGCUUACAAUAUAUGCAAUGGAAGGUCAAUUUAUGUGAACAUCUUCACUGGGGAAGCAACAAACAAAUUUCCAAAAGCAACAAAGAUGGCAAGAGGAGGAAUUCUAGCUGAUGCAAUGGGACUUGGAAAGACUGUUAUGACAAUUGCUUUGAUUCUCAGUAAUCCAGGCAGGUCGAAGAUAGGAAACAACUUUAUAGAUGGUGUAAAUGACAAUAUUAUCACAAAUAAGAGGAAGAAUGCUAGCAUCUCAAACAAUGUGCAGGGUGGCACUCUAAUUGUUUGUCCCAUGGCCUUAUUAGGUCAGUGGAAGGAUGAGCUUGAAACCCAUUCAGCUAUUCGCAGUAUAUCCAUAUUUGUCCAUUAUGGUGGGGGUAGAACCAAUAGUGCUGAGUUGAUUUCAGAGUAUGAUGUUGUCCUAACAACUUAUGGAGUUCUCUCAGCUGCAUUCAGAAGUGAUGGGGAGAAUAGCAUCUAUCACAAGAUCCAAUGGUAUAGGGUGGUGCUAGACGAAGCUCAUCAUAUCAAAGCGCAUAAAAGUCAGGUUGCCCAGGCUGCUUUUGCUUUGUCCUCUCACUGCCGCUGGUGUCUAACUGGAACGCCUAUUCAGAAUAGUUUAGAAGACCUAUUCAGUCUCUUGCACUUCUUGGGGGCUGAACCUUGGUGCAGCUGGGCAUGGUGGCACAAGCUGGUUCAAAGGCCAUAUGAGAAUAAUGACCCAAGGGCCCUGAAAUUGGUCAAGGGCAUUUUGAGGACACUGAUGUUAAGAAGAACGAAGGAAACAAAGGAUAAAUAUGGAAGGCCUAUACUUGUCCUGCCACCAACUGAUAUUAAAUUGAUUGAGUGCGAACAAUCGGAAUCUGAACGGGACUUCUAUGAUGCUCUCUUUACGAGAUCUAAGGUUCAAUUUGAUCAGUAUGUUGCACAAGGAAAAGUUCUUCAUCAUUAUGCCAAUAUCCUCGACCUACUUAUGCAGUUAAGACGGUGCUGUAACCAUCCAUUUCUGGUUCUGUGUGGAAGUAAUCCCCAGAAAUAUGCAGACUUAAGCAGACUUGCAAGAAAAUUCCUCCAGACAAAUACUGAAUCAUCUGAUAUAUGUGCCCCAAGUGAUCCACAGCAACAUGCAGAGUUGAACAGACUUGCUAGUAGGUUCCUUCAAAAUUGUGAUUCUGCCUCCAACUCUAUCCAAUCCCGUGGGUACAUUGAUGAGGUUUUGGAGCAUAUUCAAAAGGGUGACACUGUAGAAUGCUCUAUAUGUAUGGAUUCACCAGAUGAUCCUGUGUUCACACCAUGUGCACAUAGGUUUUGUAGAGAGUGUUUAUUCAAUUGCUGGGGCAACUCAGCGGGUGGUAAUUGUCCAAUCUGUCGUCAGUCGCUCCUGAAAAGUGAUCUGAUUACUUGUCCAUCUGAAAGCCCUUUCAAGGUUGAUAUUGAGAACAAUAUGACUGAAUCUUCAAAAGUUUCUGAGCUAAUGAAAUACUUGGAACGUAUUCAGAUGUCAACUGAUGAGAAGAGUAUUGUCUUUAGUCAGUGGACUUCAUUUUUUGAUCUGUUGGAGAAUCCAUUGAGAAGUAGAGGAAUUGGUUAUUUAAGAUUUCAUGGGAAAUUGACUCAAAAACAGAGGGAGAAAGUUCUGGAUGAAUUUAACAAGACAAGUGAGAAAAGGGUGUUGUUGAUGUCACUAAAAGCUGGUGGUGUGGGCUUGAACUUGACUGCAGCCUCCAAUGUUUUCCUUAUGGAUCCAUGGUGGAAUCCUGCAGUUGAGGAGCAAGCAAUAAUGAGGAUUCAUCGUAUUGGACAAAAGAGAAAAGUUAUUGUUAGAAGAUUCAUCGUUAAGAACACAGUGGAAGCUCGUUUGCAACAAGUCCAAGCCAGGAAACAGAUGAUGAUAUCUGGUGCCCUCACCGAUGAUGAAGUUCGGUCUGCUAGGAUUCAUGACCUCAAAAUCUUAUUCUCAUGAAUUUAUUUUGUAGCUGGCCUAGUUUUAGUAUUACAACAAUGUCUAGUCUUUAGAUCUGCAAUGAAGCACUUUUUGUAUAGGUGGUAGGGUUUUGACUAGUGUCUAAUGGAUUCUUUUUUUGGCGGUUGUAAUGGCUUAUUUAUCCUUUGCGUACAAUAUGCGAAAGCAGACUAUCUUGUAAAUCUUGAAGCAUUACUUUAUCUUUGGUCAUUUGUUCAGCCCCUAA